AUGGCAACCGAAAAUGAUAGCUUGCUGGACAACGGGCAGCCGAUUAAGUCCAAAAAGAAGUCUAAAAAGGCAAGAGAUCCUAGCAGUAUAACUCCAGAAUAUAUAGAGGAACAAAGACGGUUACGGAAUUUGAAAAAAUCUCAAAAGCAAGCUGAAUCAAAACCGGUAGAGCAGAUAGAAACCUUUAUAAAGAGACCACUUCUUCCCCUUCCCGAUGUGAUAGAUAAUGGUGAUGGAUUGAAAAUCAAGAUAAUGACAUAUAAUAUAUUGGCUCAAGCCUUAAUAAGACGAACUUUAUUCCCUACGAGUGGUGAUGCAUUGAAAUGGGCUACUAGAUCAAAGACGUUACUUGACGAAUUCAAAUAUUACGAUGCCGAUAUCUUAUGUCUUCAAGAGGUCGAUUAUAUUCAAUUCAAUUCCUUCUGGUCCAAGGAAUUUGCUCAAUUGGGUUAUACUUCAAAAUAUUAUAGAUCAAAUAAUAAAAAUCACGGAUUGGCGAUAGUCUUCAAGUCAUCAAUGUUUGAAUGCAAAAAUCAAAGUUUCAUAAAUUAUGAUACAGAGACUACCAAAGCAUUAGUUCAGCCUUCAACUUCAACUCAGAAUGUAGGAUUCAUAGUGCAUUUACUGUUCACCGAUUCUAUGACUUUGAAAUUUCCUCAUCUAUUAAAUAAGAAUGGGAUUGUCAUUGGGUCUACUCACUUGUUUUGGGCUCCAUUUGGUACAUUUGAGAGAACAAGACAAACAUAUGUGUUAUUAUACAAAUUUCAAGAAUUUAUAACAACUUUGAACACUGUUUUGGCCAACGAUAAGGCCAAACCGACUACUUAUACUGGUAGAGUUAGAACUGUUCUUGAAGCUUCUCUUGCCCAUUAUAGAGGCUCAAGAGGUGUUGAAGAGGAAACAGAAGAAUCCGGGGUCGAAAGCAUAGAUGGCGAAGUACCAAAUCCUGAAAGUUCCAAUGUAUCUGAAGAAGAGAUUCGAUUAAUACAGGAACUUCAAGUUGCUCACAAUUCAAUAGAUAUGAGAGCCAUAUCUUUGUAUUCAGUAGGAUAUAAAUCAGUUGAUCCCAAAAAUGCUGGAGCUGAUAAUGAUAGAAAUGAGCCAAUUUUCUCAAAUUGGGCCCAUACAUGGAGGGGACUUCUUGAUUAUAUUUUAGUCUUAUCUAAAUGGAAUAGAGAUGAAUUAAAAUAUUCAACUAAGAUCGAUACAUUAGAAGAAUUAGAAAAAGAGCAAGACAUAAAGUUGUUGAGCUUAUUGAAAUUGCCCAUGCCGGAAGACAUGGGACCAGAACCCUCAGGUCAACCUAGGUUAAAUCAAUUUCCUUCUGAUCAUCUCUGUUUGAUGGCAGAAGUAGCUUUACUAUAG